AUGUAUUUGAAAGCAGAGAAUCGUCAGAGAUCUGACACUCCCGCCUCCUCCGUCGAACCCGGAAAGAGAGAUAUCGACCCACGCCUAUUGAAGGCCAACUCUAUCUCCAUCACGAAGACUUCGCCAUGUCAUUUGAAUACUCAGCUUCCUCACCCCAGCUCAACUGAAGUUCCAAUUAGGCGAUCGGUGAGGGGGACUGCAAAGGCGACAGACCUCGCACCCGUCCGAGAGUCGAAGUCUAGACCACAAACUGUGAAGCGUUUAACCAAGAGAUGUCGUCGUGCACAAGAGCAGCUAACCCUCAUUUUGGGUCAAAGUGAACAACUGGUGUAG